AGAACCCGUUUCCUUCCUUCAGUAUGUGGGUGCCGCGACCCCUCCUGCUGCUGCUCUCGGGGGCCCUGGCCCUGACCCAGACACUGGCGGGCCCCCACUCCCUGCGGUAUUUCUACACCGCCGUGUCCCGGCCCGGCGGGGAGCCCCGCUUCAUCGCCGUCGGCUACGUGGACGACACGCAGUUCGUGCGCUUCGACAGCGACUCGGCGAGUCCGAGGAUGGAGCCGCGGGCGCCGUGGGUGGAGCAGGAGGGACCCGAGUACUGGGAGCGGGAGACGCGGAACGCCAAGGGCGAGGCACAGACUUUCCAAGGGAACCUGAACAUCGCGCGCGGCUACUACAACCAGAGCGAGGCGGACUCUCACACCCUCCAGCACAUGUACGGCUGCGACGUGGGGUCCGACGGGCGCCUCCUGCGCGGGUACGAACAAUACUCCUAUGAUGGCGCCGACUACAUCGCCCUGAACGAGGACCUGCGCUCCUGGACGGCGGCGGCGGGCACGCAGGCUUGGAGAACCCAGCGCAAGUGGGAGCAGGACGGUGAGGCUGAGUACCUCAGGAACUACCUGGAGGGCAGGUGCGUGCAGUCUCUGAGGAGAUACCUGGAGAACGGAAACGACACGCUGCUGCGCGCAGAACCCCCCAAAAGACACAUCACCCACCACCCCUUCUCUAACCGGGAGGUCACCCUGAGGUGCUGGGCCCUGGGCUUCUACCCUGCCGAGAUCACCCUGACCUGGCAGCGUGAUGGGGAGGACCUGACCCAGGACACAGAGCUGGUGGAGACCAGGCCUUCAGGGGAUGGAACCUUCCAGAAGUGGGCGGCUGUGCUGGUGCCUUCUGGAGAGGAGCAGAGAUACACGUGCCGUGUGCAGCACCAGGGGCUGCCGGAGCCUGUCACCCUGAGAUGGGAGCCCCCUUCUCAGCCCACCAUCCUCACUGUGGGCAUCAUUGUGGUCCUGGCUCUUGGGGCUGUGGUCACUGGAGCUGUGGUGGCAGCUGUGAUCUGCAGGAGGAAGCGCUCAGGUGGGAAAGGAGGACAGUACACUCAGGCUGCAAACAGCGACAGUUCCCAGGGCUCCGAUAAGUCUCUCUCGAGCCCUAGAGUGUGAGGCAGCUGCCCCGCUGGGUUCCUCACAUCCCAGUGUUGUGACUCAAGAACUGCUGAUUCUCCUUCUGCCCUGGGACCUGAGUGUGUCUGUGUCCCGUCACACACUGUGAGGGGGGAGACUGGCCCACCCCUGCCCACGAGACCCUCCACACUGACCUGCGUUCUCUUCCCUGAUGCUCUGGGCUGUGCCAGCAGAGACAGGGUCAGCUGUCCCCAUCUGUGUUAGCUUCUUGUUUUCCUAAAUAGUUUCUCCCUUACUGAAAUCAGCAUCUGAUUUGCAUUUUUCUAAUUCCUGUUUUGUGGGGUUGAGGUUUAAUAAAGGAAAUCCCUGAAAUUUGAGAAGAAAAAUUUAAAAAUCUUGAGACCUUCCAUGUGUUUUCUGUUUUGAUUUGAGUCUGUCUGACUUGUGACCAGAGAGGCUGUGAGGGAAAGGGAGGGGACAGAGGUGUGCCCUGUCUGUCUCUGUCUCAGUCAUUGUGGGCUUUGAUGCACCUCCACCUCCUUUGUUGCUUUGGGGGAGGGGAGCGCCAUCCUGGUUCUGCAGUCAUGGGUCACUCCUGGUAGGCUCAGAUCAGAUCAGGUUGGCCACAUGCAAGGAAAGCGCCUCCCCUUGUACUGUCGCUCAGGCUCCCUCUAACCCCUGUGUCAUCUCCUGAAGUCCCAGUGUGUUCUAUUUUAAAAAUUUCUAAAUUCUGUAUCCCAGAGAUUGUGU